AAUAUUUACCAAGUGCAAUGCCCCAUAUCUUAUAAAUAUACUUUGAACAUAAUGUUGGUAAAAAUCAUUACUUUAAGAUAGUGAACAUUAAUAUAAAAUCUUAAGCUCAUGGAAAAAAGAUUAUUCUCAUUCUAAGGUUAAAAUGAAAUCAAGCAUUUGUAUAAUUGUUUUCAUAACAGCCCAAACGGUUUUAAAUUGGUCAGUGACAUCUCAAGAAUCCAACAGUUUAUUGUCAAAAGAAGAACAUGAAGCGGGAAAUAAUAAUCAUAAUGUUCUUGUGGACUGUCGGAAUUCGGAUUACAGAACAUACAUUAAAUGUUUGAAACGACAUAGGAGGCACCAUGGACAUUAUGAUCAUUAUUACAAUAAAACUGAUGAUCCAAAAUCAUGUCUCAGUUCCUGUGGUAUAGAUCAAUGUCAAUCAACUCAAUGUUAUCAUCACUGUUACCAUCGUUGUCUGAAGAGAACUAAAGAAACAACACAGAUUAUCACUCAGUAUGAAACAGAAACGGAAUGUGUCAGCUCUGAAUGUAAAAAUAAUACACCACCUUCUUCUUUUCCAACAACUAAUAUUACUACUAAUAUUGAUAUUAAUAAUAAUAUCAAUCUUACACAUCCAAAUCAGCCCUCUCAAUUUCCAUUCUUUUUCUUCUUUGGUUUUGGCUAUCCACCAUCACAGUCUAAUACAGGAUUUAAUUGCGGAGUAUGUCUGAAUCCAUUUUAUAAAUUUCACUGUGACGCAUGGUGUCAUAAUGGAGAUAAUCGAAGAUUUGAAAAUUCAUCGAAUCAAACAAGAUGCAUACCUCCCCAAUGUGUUGGUGGUACUUACCAAAUUCCAACGAUAGGAUAGAAAGUAACAUGGAUGAUAAUAAGUGAAUAACUCAAUUGACAUGUUAAAGGUGUAAACCCCUGCAAAGAAAUAUAGUAUGUACCAGGUGUUGGAACAGGUGUUUGGCGUGCAAAAUAGUCAUCCUUUAUGAUUAAAUCAAUAUAAUGUUCUUUAAAUUAUGAUGAAUAGGAUAUAAAAGUACUUUUCAUAAAUUUUUUAUAUUUAUUAGAUUUAUAUUCUUCAAAUCAUUUUAUACUUCA